AUGGCGACGUUAAUUAUAAGACAGGGCAUUGACACAAAUUUGCAGUUAUCAAAAGGUACUCAAGUUUUGCUAGUGGGUAAAACAAGUCAUCUGAAAAAUAUUGAAUAUGAGCAUGGUCUCGAAGCAAAAUUAUCUGGUCUCGUCAGCCAGAAAUUAUGGCAAUCAGCAUUAGAACUCUCGACAAAGGAUAGUUCAGUAGCGGUUCCACUUUAUCUGAAUCUUGCCACUGUUAUUGCUUUGGCGGAAGAUUGCAGUCGACAUAAUGCUCCUUCAAAUUGCUUAUCAAUUUUGAAAGAAGUAAAAAAAAUAGGACACCCAGAUAAUGUCAAAAAUGUAUCUGUCGUUGUUUAUGCAAAGUUAGAAGAUGUGUCUGCAAGUAUAGUUGCAGUAUCACGUUGUUAUCCUCUAUAUAGUCGAUCGACCAAAAAUUCAAAAAGUUUAACAAAUAUACAAGUUGAAGUUGUUGUUACUGAUGGAAAGUUGGAUAAUCGUGACCUGCUGUUCCUGCAAACGUUGACAGAAUCAGUUCGAAACACUGCUCGUUUAACCGAUAUGCCAUACAGUGAGCUCAAUACAGAACAGUUCACUGAAGAAGCUACGAAACUAAUAUCUGAACUCUCGAACGUAAAAAGUACAAUAAUUAAGGGUCACGAUUUACAAGAACAAGGCUUUGGUGGAAUAUAUAACGUUGGUAAAGCAUCAUCUUUUCCUCCAGUUUUUGCAUGCUUCAGUUAUACACCAAAUAAUGCUACAAAGACAUACGCAUUGGUUGGGAAGGGUAUUGUUUAUGAUACAGGAGGUAUGCAGAUCAAGACAAAAACUGGGAUGCCCGGUAUGAAAUCUGAUAUGGGCGGUGCAGCUGGUUUACUUUGUUCAUUCCAUACAUUAGUCAAAUUGGGAUUUAAACAAAAUCUGCACUGUUUAUUAUGUAUUGCAGAUAACGCUGUUUCAAAUAUAGCAAAUCGUCCGGAUGAUAUAAUAACGAUGUUAAGUGGCAAGACAGUUGAAAUACAAAACACUGAUGCAGAAGGUCGUUUAGUACUAGCUGAUGAAUUUAUGAUUAUUGAAUUUCAUGCUGAUACAAUUAUUGAUAUGGCAACUUUAACUGGUGCUCAAGCAUAUGCAACUGGAAAAGUUCAUGCUGCAGUACUUACUAAUAGCGAUAAGUGGGAGGAUCUUAUAUGCAAAGCUGGUAGAGCUAGCGGUGAUCUUGUGCAUCCAUUACCAUUUUGUCCAGAUAUACAUUUCAAUGAUCUUAAGAGUCCUGUCGCUGAUAUGCGUAAUUCGACAUUCGGUAAAAUGCAGGGUCCAUCAAGCUCAGUCGCAGGUCUCUUCAUUGGGUCGCAUAUCGAUUUUGGAAAUGGUCUAAAUUGGAUACACCUCGACAUAGCCUCAACAGUAGAAAAUUCCGAUCGAGCAACAGGUUAUGGUCCAGCACUAAUCUGUGCUGCACUUGCUGCUGAUCUGGAUAUUCCAGUACUAAAAAGUCUGCACCUGUGA